GGAAUGAGCUCCUCGUGUGGUGUGUGUGUAGAAUGAGAUUCCUCCUCCCUUCCUUCUUCCAAGAAGAGGGGUAUAUAUAAUGGGAGAGUGAAGGCUAGGGUUUACAUACAAAGACCAAUGGGCCGGCCCAACAGGCUGGGCCGCCCUAAAUAAGUAAUUGACUAACGGGCCGAUUGCACAAACUGAACCGCCCUGAUUAAUAUUAUACAAAUACCGGAUACCCCCUGUCCAGGGUAUCCAUCAUGAGUCCCCCACUUUCCGAGCCGAGAGGAACUCAAGGUGAAGUGGAAGUAGAGCAACAAUUCGCCACGGAAGAACACUGUCUUCCUUGCUGCAUCGCCAACUUGAUGUCUCGAGCCCGGUGAAGUAAGGCAAGCAACGCCACAGGUCAGAAACGUAAUGCCAAUUCGCUGUUCGGAAUGGCAAAAAGAAACACAUACUCUGCUCAUUGUCUUGAAAUGAUUUGCUCUUGUACAAAGUACAUCGCCGAUUCGCUAUCCAGAGUGCAGCAAUCACCGUGAGAGUGGAUGAAUAGGUCGUUAUCUUCAUAGAUCCACCCACAUCCCGUCAAUGUGUGACCCACUCCACAGGGGGUGCCUCAUUAAAAACUUGCCGAGGAAAAAACCCAUGAGGAUGGGAAAAAAUCCUCGGUCAAGAAAAGAGUACAUCUCGUCCCAUAGAGUGGAUCAAGAAAACAUUGCUAGGGUGUGAGGUCUUCUGUGUGAAUCUCAAAAGAGGUGAUCUUCAAGUCCCCCGGACUCAUUGUCCGGAGUCGAUGGCUGUUCGACAUAAUGGAUUGCCGGCGAGUGCAUGCCGACACGGACUACUGCAAUCUGAUACAAGGUUGGGAUGUCGAUCGCCAAGCUCUCACGAUCUGUGAUGUAACAAUCACGAGCCGAGCACCCGGAGUCCCCCACUCCCUAAGUCGAGGAAGAAUUCCGAGGUGAAAGGCAGUAGUGUCAAUGCUCGGCACCGGCGAGAGUCUCUGGCUUCCUCAUGAGAUGGCCGAGGCCGAGCUCGAGUUGAUGAGGCCGAGCUCGAGUGGAUGAGGCCGAACUCGAGUGGAUGAGGCCGAGCUCGCGUUGAUGAGGCCGAGCUCGAGUGGAUGAGGCCGAGCUCGCGUUGAUGAGGCCGAGCUCGAGUGGAUGAGGCCGAGCUCGCGUUGAUGAGGCUGAGCUCGAGCGGAUGAGGCCGAGCUUGAGUUGAUGAGGCUGAGCUCGAGUGGAUGAGGCCGAGCUCGAGUUGAUGAGGCUGAGCUCGAGUUGAAUUGGCCGAGCUCAAGUGCCUCACGCGGUGCCUAAGGCUGAGCCUAGCCUUCUCAUCCUUCAAACCUGCAAAAUAAGUUCAAAAAAGAACACAAGGCGCUCGCGGGCUCGGAUGAAUCGAUCACCACGCGAUCGAGAAAAGUAAGUCAAUGUACGAGUCAAGUCCAAAGCUUGAGACAAAAAAUAGGCUUUAUCAGCAAAGUGCGCCGAUCGUGUAGUAGUCUGGUCUAGAACAAACCUUGACGUCAUCCUUAGUAAGACCAGGGUCUUCAAAUGAGAGCUGCUCGGGUAAGUGAGAUAGGCACAAAGGAUGCACCCCUCGCCUUAGAUCCGAGAGCAAAUAGUUCACGUUGUGGAAGACGGAUAUAUAGGAGUGUGUCAAGAUGGACGGCUUACCUCGGCCUCGCGAAUAAUAUCGUCGCGGACGAUUUGGAGUGCCUCGCAGGGAGGGCUUACCUCGGCCUCGUGGAAGAGGAACUAAAAUCACGUCGUGGGAGACGGAUGGGAGUGCGUCGCGGUGGACGGCUUACCUCGGCCUCGUGGAAGAGGAAAUGAGAUCGCGUCGUGGAAGACGGAUAGGAGUGCAUCGAGAUGGACGGCUUACCUCGGCCUCGCGAUAUUAUCGUCGCGGACGAUCUUCAACACCUCGUAGAGAGAGGUUUUACCCGGCCUCGCUAAGGAAUGACUAAAUGAGUUGGAUCUGAGCCAUGAGGCAGGUCGCUGGCCUGUGUGGGGUGUGAGAUUAAGCUUCGCACUCGUCCCACAUCAGGGCUUAAAGUGUUGAACACAAAGCGUAAUACCAUCGUCCAAGUGAAGUCCGAUCACAUGUAGUGGACAAGCCCCCCAUACGGAGCAAUAAUGCAAAGGAACUGUUGCUUUCCUGUCAAAAUGAGUUGUCUUGUCUCAAUCAAUAGUCCGUAGCCUGUCAGCUCAAAUAGUCCAUAUGUCCGCCCCUCUAGGCCACCGGCGUUGAGAGAAUGAACUCGGAAGGAAUCCAUCCGCCAUGGCCACCGGCGUUGAGAGAAUGAACUCGGAAGGGAUCCAUCCGCCAUCCUGACGGAUCUGUAGGAUCCGCUGUCGAUCGACUUCCGGAGUAACUGACGGGGUCCGUGGAGGCGGCGACUAAGCAGCGGCGGUUGAUGGCGAGACCGAGCAACAGUCGCGACCGUCUAACGCGGUCUUGGGGACCGAGCUACUCAAAUUGCUGGAAAAAUUGGCGCUGCAUUUCGGCACUUCAGAAAAAAUGACUGAAUUGCGG